AUGGCUUCUAUUGCCGGAUCCAAUUGUGUCGCUCUUCGAACCGCCAACUUCGCCGCCUCUGGUAACCGGAAAGUCUGUCAGAUCCGACAAUGGUCUCCGGUUCUCACGAAUCACAGUUCCGUUUCUGGUCUUCGUCACCAAUCGAAUGCUCCGUUUAGAUUCUCUGGUGUGAGAGCGCAGGUUGCUACUCUGGAGGAAGCGGGAACCGGAGCAACUCAGAAAGUGGAAGCGCCUGUUGUAGUGGUGACUGGAGCUUCCAGAGGCAUUGGCCGAGCAAUUGCACUAUCGUUAGGCAAAGCAGGUUGCAAGGUUCUGGUCAACUAUGCAAGGUCAUCGAAGGAAGCCGAGGAGGUUUCCAAGGAGAUUGAGGAACUUGGUGGGCAAGCUCUUACAUUUGGUGGAGAUGUUUCUAACGAAGCUGAUGUGGAGGCUAUGAUUAAAACUGCAGUGGAUGCGUGGGGAACAGUUGAUGUAUUGAUAAACAAUGCAGGAAUAACUAGAGAUGGUUUAUUAAUGAGAAUGAAGAAAUCUCAAUGGCAGGAGGUUAUUGAUCUAAAUCUAACUGGUGUUUUUCUUUGCAUACAGGCUGCUGCUAAAGUUAUGAUGAAGAAAAAGAAGGGAAGGAUUGUCAAUAUUGCGUCAGUUGUUGGUUUGGUUGGCAAUGUUGGGCAAGCCAAUUACAGUGCUGCAAAAGCAGGAGUAAUUGGCCUGACAAAAACAGUUGCAAAGGAAUACGCUAGCAGAAACAUCACCGUUAAUGCAGUUGCUCCCGGGUUUAUUGCAUCUGACAUGACUGCCAAGUUAGGACAGGACAUUGAGAAAAAGAUAUUGGAGACAAUCCCAUUAGGAAGAUAUGGCCAACCAGAGGAAGUUGCCGGACUGGUGGAAUUCUUGGCUCUUAAUCAAGCUUCUAGUUACAUCACUGGGCAGGUUUUCACCAUUGAUGGAGGCAUGGUGAUGUAAUCCAACAAUCUGUUUACACUGGCAACGUGAGCUUUUGCACACUCCUGCUGAGGUGAUAGUUUGUUCUUUGCCCGAGUUUUGUUUAAGUUAGUUUUACCGUAGUAGAGUCUUACUUGAACUUCAUGGUAAAAUUCAAGAUGUUCUGCAUAUUUUGUUCCGUUUUUGGAUUUAUGGUCAUGUUCGCGGAAUAGGCAUAAUUCUGAUAAGCAACUCUGUCGCUUUUGCCCUAGCUUUUCUUUCUUUCUUGGAUGUUCAUUACGGAAACUGCAAUGUUUAUUAACUAGUUACUGCCCAUUACGGAAGCAUGCUAAAUUAUAAUGCGAGUCUGUUUAAAAA